GUAUUCCUCCGCCUAGCAAUCUGUGCAGUAUGAGGAUCUCCAGGACUUUGCAUGGCACACUGACUUAGGAUCUCUGUCACUGGACAUCCUGCACAGCCUUUUCCUUGGGAUGUACAUCUGCCCAUUAUUCCUUAUGCACCUCUGAUUCCUUUUUACUUUUUUUUCUUGGUGGCAACUGCAUAACCACCUACCCAGCCCCCUGGAUCCCCCCCCCCCCCCAAUACUGCGGAGCAGACAGGUGAUUUUGUCACCCCAAACCCUGGUGUGGAUCAUUCUCCAGUGAUGAGCAGGGACCUCUGAUCCCACCACCAAUGCUGGAUUUUGGGAUAAAGAAACCAAACUGCAUAUUCCUCGAUUGUUUCCAAGCCAGCUGGGAGUUGUUGUGAACUGGGGUUUUGUUUUAAUUCUAUUUUCUUUUCUUGUUUUGUUGGGGUUUGAACCCAGAACACUCACCAGCCCUGUGCAUGCCAGCCAUGGAUAUAGCCACAGGUCCAGAAGCUCUGGAGAGGUGUUUUAAUAGGGGACAAAGUGACUGUACCAAAAUGCUGGACGGGAUUAAAUUAGAGGACCCCCACUCUCUUAGGGCUGGCGCUGCCACAUUAGGAGUCUUACUGGGUUCAGAGUGUGCACACCAGGCUGUGUGUGAAGGUUGCCAGAGACCUAUUUCAGACCGCUUUCUAAUGAGAGUCAAUGAGUCUUCCUGGCAUGAGGAGUGCUUACAGUGCACAGUCUGCCAGCAACCACUUACUACAAGCUGCUACUUUCGUGACAGAAAACUCUUCUGCAAACAAGACUACCAACAACUGUUUGCCGCAAAAUGCAGCGGGUGCAUGGAAAAAAUCGCCCCUACGGAAUUUGUGAUGCGUGCGUUGGAGUGCGUAUACCACCUGAGCUGUUUCUGCUGCUGUGUAUGUGAACGACAGCUCCGAAAAGGAGAUGAAUUUGUUCUUAAAGAAGGGCAGUUGCUUUGUAAAGGGGAUUACGAGAAGGAAAAAGAUUUGCUUAGCUCGGUCAGUCCGGAUGACUCAGACUCAGUGAAGAGUGAUGAUGAUGAAGGCGACGUGAAGCCGGGCAAAUGUCAUGGCAACCAAGGAAAAGGAAGUGAUGAUGGCAAAGACCCAAGGAGACCGAAACGCCCCAGAACGAUACUCACCACUCAGCAACGACGGGCUUUUAAAGCAUCUUUUGAGGUGUCAUCAAAACCUUGUAGGAAGGUAAGAGAAACGUUAGCAGCAGAAACGGGACUCAGCGUCCGAGUCGUCCAAGUGUGGUUCCAGAACCAGAGAGCAAAAAUGAAGAAAUUAGCUCGGAGGCACCAGCAACAGCAAGAACAACAAAAUUCUCAAAGACUUGGGCAAGAAGUCAUGUCAAGUCGCAUGGAAGGUAUGAUGACAUCAUACGCCCCCCUAGCCCCACCUCAGCAACAGAUUGUUACAAUGGAUCAGAAUAACUACAGCACAGAUCCAUUCCAGCAAGGACUCACCCCUCCCCAAAUGCCAGGUGACCACAUGAAUCCUUAUGGUAACGACACAAUAUUUCAUGACAUUGACAGUGAUACCUCGUUAACAAGCCUCAGUGACUGCUUCCUGGCAAACUCAGAGGUCAGCUCCAUGCAGGCCAGAGUGGGAAACCCCAUUGAUCGACUGUACUCCAUGCAGAGUUCAUAUUUCGCCUCAUGAGAACUUCCUUCAAAACCUUUUUCCUAAGUCUGACCUAAACAAAAAUGAUCAGACUCCUCAGAGACAUGUUACAGCCAUAUUUGCGCUAUUCUCCAUCCCAAAUCCCAAGCGGUGAGCAGAAGUACACAACAUGGAGUAGAAUCAGACGGACUGACGGCGCGGAUCCUUCAGAAAAUCUGAAAAAGCAUGAAAGUGAACAAUGACUUUUUUUUAAAAUAAAUAAAUCAACCCCGUAUUGUACAAAAAAUACCCUGAAAAUACAGUAUUUGUAUAGAAUUGUGUAAAAAGUAGGUUUUUUUCCCCUGUAGGAUAUUCCAAAACUGAAAACAUUGAUGACAGAUUUUCCUCGUCUCCGCUAAAAGUGCAUGACUGUCACCGUGAUGUGGAAUUAACGCAUUUGAACUGUGAUAAUUUCUUGUAAAUGUGAUUUUCUUGCUAUAUUUUGGUUUGAUUUUGCCCAUUAGAAGUAGACAUUAUGUUCUCUCUUGAGGCAUUGCCAUCACAGGAAGGACUGCAUGUUUCCUGGAGAGAUUCAUGCGUUAAAUUAAUGCUCUUAUGUUCCAUACGGUGCUUUAAAAAUUUAAAACAGAAAAAAAAACCUUAAUUUAAUAAAAUGUACAACAGUAA